AACCCUGAUCCAAAUGGAAGGUGAGGACUGAGAAAGAGAAUCAUAAAAUAUUAAUAAUAGAAAAAGAAGAGAGAAUUAGAAAUUAGAAAUGAAAGUAAAGAAACCGGGAAAGAUGGUGGUGGGAAUAGUUAUAGUAGCAGUAGAAGAAGAAGAAGAAGUGCAGAAGAAGAGAAGAGACUUAGAGAAUCGUGCAAGCUCCGGAAGAAAGGGAACCCUCUUCGUACUCCUCAUUUUCCUCCUCAUUUUGCCUCGUAUUUAAUCCUCUCUUCACUGUUUGCUUCUCUUUUUUGUUUUUUUCGCUUUUCUUUCUUCGUGAUAUGCUUCUAUCGAUCUGCGGAUGCAUUCUUGAUGAAUCCGGGAUUUGUUAGAUUUUAGGUGGGGUUUUGUUUUUUCUUUUUCUUCUUUGAACUAUAUUACCUUUUAUUAUCUUUGGAUAAUAUUGUUAUUUGUUGUGAUAGAUUUUGGUGUAAAUAGUGCUAGAUUGGCGGUAUCAUUUGAAUCUAUUUAGUUCUGGGGCUUUCCUCCUUGAAUAAAUAUUUGCGAUUUUUGGAGGAUUUUCUUUCCCUUUCUUACAUUAAAUCUCAUCAAUACACUAAACCCACACAAAAAAAAUCCUACCAUUUUACAGCCCCUGAUCACCCACCGUUUUUUCUUUUUGUGGGUUCCCCUUUUUCCAGUCUUGUAUCCCUUUUACCAUACCUGAAUAUCUGAUCAACUUGUCAACUGUUGUUGGAUUUUGCUAUUUUUAUUCUUUUUAUCAUACUCAAUUUACAAGAAGAAGAAGAAGAAGAAGAAGAGGAAGUAGAAAUUGGGGUUUAUACUGGGUUGUAAUUCUUGUUGGGCUUUUUGGCAUUCUAUUCGAGUACCUGAUACUUCACUAACAGAUCUACUAGACAAGGUUAAGUCUUGGAUUUCGUGGGGGACAAGCGAUCUAUCACCAUCUUCGUUAUCUGGUGAAUUUCAGAUGCACAAUAGCAGUCUCAAAAUGUGUUGCGAGUGUAAUACAAACUUCACUGGGCUUUUCAAUGGAUACCACUGUCAAAGUUGCGGUAGGUGGUUGUGCAUCAAAUGUGCUAGGGGCUACGAAUCUCCAGCUGUUAUUGAAUCUAGUGAUGUGAAAAGCAAUGCUGAUUACAGGGAUGGUAUCAAGUCCUGCAAGUUCUGUAUUGGGUUUCAUGUGAAACGUGAAGGUGGGAGGAGGAAUAGUGAAAAAGUGCAUCCCUCAGAGUCUCCUCGAGAGAGCCCUGAGACUCCAUCCCCUUCUUUUGGUGGUGAAUCAAUCCAGAGUGAUAACCUUGCUCGCUAUCUUGAAUCCAGGGAUAGUGGGUAUUCUCCCCUCCCAGUAACCAGCAGGAGUAUGACCUCAUUUAGUGCUCACCCAUCUCUAGUAUCUGAUCGUCACUCUCCAAGCAGGAGUGAUGAAGAAGAGGCAGAGGAUUCAGGGAAGCACAUAUGCAGCCUAUCAUGUGAAUAUUAUCAUGAUGUUUCAGAUAUAGAUGCAAGUAGUGUUAGUGCUAGACUUGAUUUCUACAGUUGUAAGUCAGUGGGAUCAAGUCCUUUAGAAAGCCCUUCCAGGAUUGAUUUUGCUUCCUAUAGAGUUGGGCAUUCUGUACAGCAGGAACAAGAGGGAAGCCCAUUAUCUCAGAAUGAUCGUCCCUUUGAUCAAGAAACUGUGUCGUUUAUAAGAAUGCCUGACAAAGGGACUGGUGAUCCAAAAAAUACUGAUGAUUACUCCGAUGAUGUGUCAAUGUUGCAGAACCAAUGUGACAAGUCUAAAAAACCAUUGGAUUUUGAAAGUGAUGGUUGUAUCUGGUUUCCUCCACCCCCUGAGGAUGAAAAUGAUGAGACAGAGAGUAGUUUCUUUACAUAUGAUGAUGACGAUGAUGAUAUUGGGGACUCUGGUGCAUUGUUCUCAUCCACUAGUAGCCUCUCUAGAAUGUUUCCAUCAAAGGAGAAACAGAAUGAGGUUAACAAGGAGCCUCUCAGAGCUGUGAUACAAGGGCAUUUUAGGGCUCUUGUAUCCCAGCUUCUACAUGGGGAGGGUAUCAAAGUCAGCAAUGAUGGUGGUGAGGACUGGCUUGACAUAGUCACAACAAUAGCAUGGCAAGCUGCAAAUUUUGUGAAACCGGAUACUAGCAGAGGAGGCAGUAUGGAUCCUGGUAAUUAUGUAAAGGUUAAAUGUAUAGCAUCAGGAAGUCCAAGUGAUAGCACCCUUGUGAAGGGAGUAGUUUGUACAAAAAAUAUAAAGCAUAAGCGCAUGACUACACAGUACAAAAAUCCCAGAUUACUUCUUUUAGGAGGAGCACUCGAAUAUCAGAGUGUUGUGAAUCAGUUGGCAUCUUUUAAUACCUUGGUGCAACAGGAAAAUGAUCAUCUGAAGAUGAUUAUGUCAAAAAUAGAGGCUCUUCGCCCAAAUGUUCUGCUAGUAGAGAAGAGUGUAUCUCCAUACGCCCAAGAAUAUCUAUUGGCAAAGGAAAUUUCUUUGGUGCUCAAUGUGAAAAGGCCAUUACUGGAGCGGAUAGCUCGGUGCAUUGGUGCUUUUAUCAGUCCAUCAAUUGACAAUAUUUCUACAACACGAUUGGGGCACUGUGAACUGUUCCGAGUAGAGAGAGUAUCUGAAGAACAUGAGACUGUCAAUCAGUUCAACAAAAAGCCUUCUAAAACAUUGAUGUUUUUUGAAGGAUGUCCAAGGCGUCUAGGAUGCACGGUCCUGCUGAGAGGCACAUGUCGUGAAGAACUAAAGAAGGUUAAGCAUGUUGUUCAAUAUGCAGUUUUUGCAGCCUAUCAUUUGUCCCUUGAGACUUCCUUCCUUGCUGAUGAGGGUGCAAGUCUUCCAAAGAUGAAACUUAAACACUCAAUUGCUAUACCAGAGAGGACAACAACAGAUAAUGCUAUUUCACUAAUCCCUCCAACUGAUUUCCAUGCCACUGCUGGUGCCUUUGCCCAAGAUGGGAAGCCUCUGGAUCUCAAACCAGAGCAUGUAGGAUCAGAACCAUUAAUACACCUUGAUACUAGCAAUAGUCUUCCUUUAUUUCCCAGUUCUGAGGAUUGUGGGUUUGGAAAUACACCCUCUGAUGCAUACCAUGAUAACUUAGAGUUGAAUGUGGGAUUGGAGUCGUUCGCUGUAAAAGAAUUUGAGGAUCAGAAGAUGCUUAUGAUUCCUCCUUCAGGUAUUCAAAACCUUUCACGACCAGAAUUGCAAGAUAACAUUGCUCAAGAGGAAAGGCGGCUUAGGGAGACUCUCGAAUCAACAAAACCAGAGGGGAUUGAUGAAGAUGAAGUCUCUAGUGAAUACUUCUCAGCCACUGACACACACCAGAGUAUACUUGUAUCUUUUUCAAGCCGCUGUGUGGUGAAGGGAACUGUAUGUGAACGCUCUCGGCUUCUGCGCAUAAAGUUCUAUGGAUCUUUUGACAAACCACUUGGAAGAUAUCUGCGUGAUGACCUGUUUGAUCAGACAUCCUAUUGUAGGUCUUGUAAGGAGCCAGCUGAAGCACAUGUGCUAUGUUACACUCACCAGCAGGGAAAUCUUACAAUCAAUGUUAGAUCCCUUUCCUCUGUUAAGCUACCUGGGGAAAGAGAUGGUAAGAUAUGGAUGUGGCAUCGGUGUCUAAGAUGUGCUCAUAUAGAUGGAGUCCCACCGGCAACUUGUAGAGUGGUUAUGUCAGAUGCCGCUUGGGGACUUUCUUUUGGAAAGUUUUUGGAAUUGAGCUUUUCAAACCAUGCAACUGCUAAUCGCGUGGCUCCCUGUGGCCAUUCAUUGCAGAGGGACUGCCUUCGGUUUUAUGGGUUUGGGAGCAUGGUUGCAUUCUUCCGCUAUUCUCCUAUUGAUAUUCUCAAUGUUCAUUUGCCCCCAGCAGUGCUUGAAUUCAAUGUCCAUAUUCAGCAAGAGUGGAUAAGAAAAGAGGCAGCUGAGCUUUUGGGCAACAUUGAGGCCUUCUAUGCUGAGAUAUCUAAUGCACUUGACAGCAUGGAACACAGAAGUAAGUAUUUUGGAAGUGGGCUGUCAGAUAUGAAUGAAAUACAGAAUCGAAUCAUGGAGCUGAAAGACAAACUUAGAAAGGAAAAAGAUGAUUACACUGGCAUGCUACAAGUGGCUGCCGUGGAGAGUUCACAACGGGGUCUGGCAAGUUUAGACAUUUUAGAAGUUAAUCGCAUGAGACGUUCUCUUCUAAUUGGUUCGCAUGCUUGGGAUCUUCGGCUUUAUUCAUUGGAUUCUCACCUGAAGACAAAUUCUGUUGUCAAGGCUAUACAUGUGGAAACAUCCAAUACACAGGUGAACGAGUCACGAGGUGAUAUAUCUUACGAUGACUGCAUACUGGAAUAUGGUCAUGUAGAAAAUGUCUCCAGCUGUUCAAAAUCGCCUGAUUUUGUUGGGAAUGACCUACUGUCAGAGCUGAAUAAGAAUAGUCUGUCCUUUCAACAUUUGGUUGAUGAAGAUUCUAUGAUGCCUCUAUAUCGUCAUGACAGAGAGGAGGAAGUACGUUCAGAUGGGGAAAUUGCUGCAAAUAAUAUGUCCUUUAAUGAUAUCCCCUCCAAGGCUUCCAAUCUGUCUGACAGAAUUGAUUCUGCAUGGACAGGUACUGAUCAACUACUGACAAAAAUUCAACCUCCACAUUUGUCUCAGACAGAUGGAUUCCAAUUUGGGUCCGUUAAACAGAUAAAUAUGCAUGAUAAUCCUCCUUCUAAAAGGAUGCUGGCGCCAGUAAGAGUUCAUUCUUUUGACUCUGCAUUGAGAUUCCAAGAAAGAAUCCGGAAAGGAUUGCCUCCUUCAUUGUAUUUGUCGACUCUCAAAUCAUUCCAUGCAUCUGGGUAUUACAGGAGUAUGGUGAGAGAUCCUAUUUCAAAUGCAACGAGGACUCACUCCCAAAUAUUGCCAUUGGAGGCACAGAUAUUGAAUUUAUUGCCCAGUUCUGCACCCACAUUUAUCUCCACUGCAUCUCAUAUGGCUGGAGGGGCUCGGUUGUUGCUUCCUCAGAGGAGCCACAAUGAUAUUGUUAUUGGUGUGUAUGACAACGAUCCUGCCAGCAUAGUAUCAUAUGCCCUUAGUUCCAAGGAAUACGAGGAUUGGGUUGCAGGCAAGUCCAAUGAGAAUGAAGGAAGCUGGAGUAUGAAUGAGCAUUGCAAGGAUGAUUUUGCAACUUCCACAUUUUCAGCCUGGCAGUCUUUUGGUUCCGCGGACUUGGAUUAUAUCCGUCACGGAAGUUAUGGGUCCGAAGAUCCUUCAACAUCCAUUGGUACACUGUUUAUGGAUUCCAAAAGGUCUCCGCAUUUAACAAUAACUUAUGCUGAUGAUUCCUCAACUGCUGGAGGCAAAGUAAAGUUUUCUGUCACUUGUUAUUUUGCUAAGCAGUUUGACUCUCUUCGGAAGAAAUGCUGCCCUAGUGAAGUUGAUUUUGUACGUUCCUUGAGUCGGUGUCAGAGAUGGAGUGCACAAGGGGGAAAAAGCAAUGUGUAUUUUGCCAAGUCGUUGGAUGAGAGAUUUAUUAUAAAACAAGUCAAAAAGACUGAGCUGGAAUCUUUUGAAGAAUUUGCAUCAGAAUACUUCAAAUACUUGACAGAUUCUCUUAGUUCAGGAAGUCCAACUUGCCUUGCAAAAGUUCUUGGUAUUUAUCAGGUUAUUGUAAAGCACUUGAAAGGUGGCAGGGAAAUGAAAAUGGAUAUAAUGGUGAUGGAAAAUCUGUUUUUUAGGAGAAAUAUUGCAAGGAUCUAUGAUCUUAAGGGUUCUGCCCGAUCACGCUAUAAUCCAGAAACAAAUGGCAAGAACAAAGUAUUGUUAGACAUGAAUUUGGUAGAAACACUGCGUACGGAGCCCAUAUUUCUUGGAAGCAAGGCGAAGAGAAGACUGGAGAGAGCUAUAUGGAAUGAUACAUCUUUUUUGGCAUCUGUUGAUGUAAUGGACUACUCUUUGCUGGUUGGACUGGACAAUGAGAGAAAGGAGCUGGUUGUAGGUAUCAUUGAUUUCAUGAGACAAUAUACAUGGGACAAGCAUUUAGAGACAUGGGUUAAGGCAUCUGGAAUACUUGGUGGUCCGAAAAAUGCUUCCCCAACGAUUAUUUCUCCAAAACAAUACAAGAAGAGAUUUCGAAAAGCAAUGACUUCUUAUUUUCUCACAGUUCCUGAUCAAUGGUCUUCAUAAACCGAAUCAUUGCAAUUCUUUCCAUUCAAAAAUCAUUUGUUCAUUAAUAAGGCAAUAGUGUUCAUAGCUGGAGAUAAGUUGGAAGGAUUGGCAAUCCAUCCCGGUGAAAAUUCUCCUCCAUUUUGUUGAAAUAUUGUGUAUUAGCAAACAUAGACCAAACAGGAAGGAUUGUAUAUGAGGGAAUAGAAAUAGAAAUUCCUUUUUGAGGUC